AUAAUCUGAUUAGAUGCUAAAUGUCUGACACUGUGAGAGAUAUAUUACAUCAGAUACAGCCACGUUUUUGUUAUUGUCUGCCAUUAUUUACGUAAGAAGUUGGACAGUCUUAGAAGGGAAAUAAAACAAAGGACAAUAAAACUUUGAAAGUGUGCCAGAUUUAACUAUUACAUGUAAUAGUAUUAAAUGUAAUUACUAUACAAGUAAUCUGAUUGGAUUUUAAAUAGAGUGGAAAUGUAGGGCAGUUUACACAAUGCCAUAAUGUUUGUCACAGAUAUUGUUUCAUUUCAAGGGACAUUACUCUGUUGGAUUCAGUAACCAGCUUCCAUGAUACAGUUACACAAAUUUGUGAUACAGUAACCACUUUGUGUCAUACAGUUACCCAUAUUUCAGUGAUUCAGUAACCAGUUUCUAAUAUACAUUACAGUAACCAUAUUCUAUAGUAUGAUAUGCGAACAAUUUUCUGUGAUACAGAUACUGAUUUCUGUGAUACGGUUUGAUAAUUUUGAACCACUGCUGUGAUAGUCUCGGACCUCUUGGCAUAAAAUUCAGUGAAACAGUACUGACAUUUUGUUUCUUUGUUGGGAUUUGGCAAUCUGUUAAAGAUGGAAUACUCUGUGCAACUAAAUGGACAAAUGGUUAGCUCCCCUGAAUCAAGAGAUUCAAGAGACAAUCCUAGUGAGGGUAACGUAGAAUUUUCAACAUUAUCAAAGCUAAAGGGUUUAGCCAAAGAUGAUAAAACGGAAAAUGCCAUGUUACGAUCACGCAUCGAUGAACAGUCACAGCUUAUUAUGAUACUAAAAAAUCGUGCUGAUGAGGCAUUUAGCAGGACAUCAACACUUGAACGAAUAAACAAAGAAUUAACAGAGUUUCGAGACAAUGCCCAAGAAAAUAUUAACCAUGAAAUAAGAAAGUUUAAUAUUUUAGAUAAACGUUUUAACGACCUUGCUUCGAACCAUGAAGAAAUGAUAAAGUAUAAAGAUGAGUAUAAAAGAGUGAAUGUGGAAUUACGGCAAGAAAAUGAUCGUCUUAAAGACGAGAAUGCACGAUUGUUUUCUAAAGCUAUAGUUGAGAAAGAUGAUAAAAUAAGACUUUUAGAGGGAAAGUUGGCAUCUGUGAAAGACCAGUAUUCAUCAUUAGAGACAAAAUACAGACAAGCCAUACAAGAGGGAAGGGCUAGAGAAGAGACAUUACGGCAAGAAAUUCAAGCUAUUCAAGAUAAGAUGAAAAUAGACAUUAAAGCAUUGCAGCAUAAAUUAUCUGAUACAGAGGAAAGACUUAAAGGUGCUAAUUACAAGUUACAGAAUCAGAUUGAUGGUAGACAGAAUGCUGUAUCAGAAGCUACCAGUAAAAUUCAGCAAUUAACAAAAGAAAAAGAUGAGCUUUUAGAACUUGCCAUGCAGAGAGGAAAAAUUGUUCAGAAAGAACAGUCGGACAAUAAAGUGCUAAAAAAGAAAAUUACGGACAUGGAAAAAUCAGUGUUUGAAAUGCAAGAGAAAUUUGAACGUGAAGCUGCAGCUGUCAAUGCCAACAGAGCUGUUAAAAAGUUACGAGAUGAUCUUGAUGAUGCUGAAAGCAGAGCAAAUGAUGUCACCAAGGAAUUUGAUGCAUAUAAGAAACACACUACAGCAUUGUUGAAAAAAGAGAAGGAGCUAAAUGAGAGACUGAGACAUUUGUGUGGAUAAACCUUUAUGUAGUGUAUGAUAAACAGGAACAAUAGUGAUGAACGUUAAUGUAUAAAGUUGUUUUAUGAUAAACUGGAACAGAAGUGAUCAAUUUUUAUGUAAGUUGUUGUAUGAUAAACUUUAUCAAUAGUGAUAAACUUAAAUGUGAGUUGUAUGAUAAACUGGAUCAAUAGUGAAAAACUUUGAUGUAAGUUGUUAUAAGAUAAACUUGCAAAAUAGUGAUAAACUUUUUUAACACAGAUUUUAAUGCAAGUUGCUGUAUGAUAAACUAGACAGUUGUGAUAAACAUUAAUGCAAGUUGUUGUAUGAUAAACUAGAACAGUAGUGAUAAACUUUAAUACAAGUUAUUCAAUGAUAAACUUGAACAACAGUGGUAAACAUUAAUGCAAGUUGUUGUAUGAUACACUUGAACAUUAGUGAUAAACUUAAAUGUAUUGAGUUGUAUAUAAACUUGGACAACAGUGAUAAACUUUAAUACAUUUUUUUUAAUUAGAAAGCGA